GUCCAAUCAGGUGGGCGAAGGGAGGCGGGCUCUGUUUCCUGGCACCAAAGCUCGGAUCCUACGCGCUUUGCUGAGAGCCACCUCACCUGCCUAGACCACCCUGCUUUAGGAUUUCUACUGGCUGCGGCCUGCACUGGAAGUACCCCUGAAGACCCUCGAGCCACACAAUGGCGCGUGUACCCUGUGUCGGACCUGCCUUGGCUGAGGAGGUAGUGUCCUUUGAGGAUGUAGCUGUGAAUUUCACUACAGAGGAGUGGGCUUUGCUGGAUCCAUCCCAAAAGAAGCUUUACGAAGAUGUGAUGUGUGAAACCUUUAGGAAUGUGACUGCUUUAGGAAGAACUUCAGAUGAUGAGGAAAUUGAAGAUGAGUAUAAAAAUUGGAGAAUAAAUCUAAGCAGUGAAGAAGUAGAAAAAUGCUGCGAAUAUGAAUUAUGGUAUCAACAUGGAGAAAUGGUUUUCUGGACAACAGAUACUAAUAUGAACCUGAGACCAGUUGCUACAAAACCAGGUGAAAGCCUUGGUUCUAGAAAGCCCCUGAUGGCUCAUUCAUCACCAAAUGUGCCCAUUAUAGCUAACACUGGAUUCAAAUCAUAUAAGUACCAGGAAUUUGAAGAGAAGCUGUCUGACUAUAACAAACAUGGGAGAACCUGCACUGACUUCCAGUCCUUUCAAAAGCAUGCAAAUGCAAAUCCUGGAGAGAAGCCCUAUCAAUAUCAGCAAAGUGGAAAUUUGUACUCUGAUUGCACUGAAGGAGCUAACACAGAAGAGAAGCCCUUUGUAUAUGAGCACAGUGUGAAUGCUCUCAGUACACCCAACUAUGUUCAAAUCUGGGAAAGAAAUCACAGUGAAAUGAAUACCUAUAUAUGUACAGAAUGUGGAAAAGUUUUUACUUCUCACCAUUUUAUGCAGAUACAUGAAAGAGCUCACACUGGCAAAAAACUCUGUGUAUGUGAACACUGUGGGAAAUCCUUCACUAACAGCACUUCACUUGGUAAUCAUCAAAAAACUCACAUUGGGGAAAAACCCUUUGUAUGUAAGCAAUGUGGGAAAGCUUUCAGAACACACAGUGAUUGUCAAAGACAUGAACGAACUCACACUGGGGUGAAACCCUAUGAGUGUAAGCACUGUGGGAGAGCUUUCAGCACGCGCAGUAAUUGUCAAAUACAUGAAAGAAUUCACACUGGGGAGAAGCCCUAUAUAUGCAAGCAAUGUGGAAAAGCAUUCAGCAGACAGAAUAAUUGUCAAAUACAUGAAAGAAUUCAUAUUGGGGAGAAACCCUAUACAUGUAAGAAAUGUGGGAAAGCUUUUGGCACACACAGUGAUUGUCAAAGACAUGAAAGAACUCACACAGAGGAGAAACCCUAUGUAUGCAAGCAAUGUGGGAAAGCUUUCAAGACACAUAGUGAUUGUCAAAGACAUGAAAGUACUCACACUGGGGAGAAACCCUAUGUAUGUAAGCAAUGUGGGAAAGCAUUCAGCAGACACGGUAAUUGUCAAAUACAUGAACGAACUCACACUGGGGAGAAACCCUAUGUGUGUAAGCAAUGUGGAAAAGCAUUCAGCAGACAUAGUGCUUGUCAAAUACAUGAAAGAACUCACACUGGGGAAAAACCGUAUGUAUGUAAGCAAUGUGGGAAAAGUUUCAGCAGACAAAGUCAUUGUCAAAUACAUGAAAGAAUUCACAUUGGGGAGAAACCCUAUGAAUGUAAGCAUUGUGGGAAAGCUUUUGGCACACACAGUCAUUGUCGAAUACAUGAAAGAAUUCACACUGGGGAGAAACCCUAUGUAUGUGAGCAAUGUGGGAGGGCCUUCAGCACACAUAGUAAUCGGCAAGUUCAUGAAAGAACUCACACUGGGGAGAAACCGUACCCAUGUAGUCAAUGUGGGAAAGCUUUCAGCACACAGAGUAGUUGUCGAAAACAUGAAAGAACUCACAGUAAGGUGAAACCCUAUGUAUGUAAGGAAUGUGGGAAAGGUUUCACAACACAGAGGUAUUGUCGAAUACAUGAAAAAUCUCACACAGGGCAGAAAUCCUAUGUAUGUACAUAAUGUGGGAAAACUUUCAGCAAAUACUGCACUUGUGAAAGCUAUAAAAGAACACACUACAGAGAAACCCAGUCUGUGCAAACAAUGUGGAAUAGUUUUCAGCACACACAGUGUUUGUUAAAAACGAGAACUCAUUGUAGAUAAACCCUAUAUAUGUAAGCAAUAAGGAAAAACUUUAAAUAUACGCUGGUAUUGUCAAAUACAUGAAUUAUAAAGGAUAAAAGUGUUAUGUAUGUAAGCAAUAUGAAAAAGCAUUUUUAUGCUGGUAAUAUCAAAAACUUUAAAAAACUAAGAGAAAGUGAAUUUGGAAUAUGUGAAGUGACAUGCAUGGACCUGAAAGGACACACAGAGGAGAGAAAUCCUUUCUAUGUAAGCAAUAUGAAAAAUUUAACUCUAGCCCUAACUUCAAUAACUUAUCAGGCCAGCUUUCUUUUUUCACUCUGUUAAGAUAUUUGGCACAUGGUUGAGAGUUCUGCUUUAAUAUACCUGAGUCUUUACCUAUAGGAAUAGUAUUCCUUUGCAUAUCUCCUUGGUUUUCUUUGUCAUAUCUUCUCAAGGAUAGUAUAUGAUUUUAUAUUACAAGUAGGAUAUCUACUGAUUUACCAGCUCACUUGUCUGAGUUUUCUUCCUCUUAUAAUCUACACUCUUCCUGAUGUCCAUGUCAAAUACAUGAAGUAUAAAGGAUAAAAGUCUUAUCUUUUAUACAUCUGGAGGCCUCAUGUUUGCAACUGUGUUGCUUUGUUUAUUGUGCCCAAACUAAAACUUUUUUCUCAUUUUUUCCAUGUUAGAAUGUAGGCAAAUAUACAUAAAUCUAUAGUGUCUUUCCACGUGGUAAUUUAUUGCUUAAAUACUUUCCAAUAAAUUUUAUUUUCAAAAAAGUUUUUGGUGAAACUUAACAAUAACAAUAUAAAUAUCCUGAAAACACUCCCUAGAGUUUUAUAACUGGGCCUUGAGACAUGGUUAAGAGUACCCAGGUGAGGGCUGGGGAUAUAGCUCAGCAGCACAAGCACCUGCCUGGCAAGGGCAAGGUCCUGAGUUUGAUUCCUGGUACCAAAAAAAAAAGUACCCAGGUGAAAUCCUAUUUGGCUUAUCCUUGUCUUCCCCUUGAAUUACCAUUACUACUUUAGCUAUUUUUCCUAAAUUUACCAUGUGUCAUUGUCACUAUGCAAUAUUGUUUCAGUUUUGAACCCUUGAAUGUUGACUGACUACUACAGAAAUUGCACAGAAAGGCAUUGUAUGUGGGUUUUUUUUGUCUCACUAUAGUUCACAUUUGCUCAUGUCUGAGUCAGAACAAAGAGCUUCCUCAUCUGUUUUAGUGGUCACAUAGUUGAAGUUUUUUUAAGUUUGUUUCUUUUUUAAUAGAUGUGAAAAUAAUCACAUUUGUCUUCAGAAACAACCACAAAAUAUAUUUUCUGGACAUUGGAUUAAAGCCACUGGUCUGUAGAUUGGUGUACUCUAAUAUGUCUGUGGAGUGUCAUUUCAUCAUUUAUUCUAAGUCUGCUUCCUGCUAGAGUCUGUCUACCAUUCUAUUUUUUUGUUUGUUUGCUAAUCCCUCAACCAAGAUCAUGGAUCUUGUUUAUAUUUGGCGUUUUCUCUUGAAUCAUAUAUGCUUUAUUCAUUUUUCUUAUGUGUUCAUUGUUUUUUUUACCCAGUACACGAACCUUUUUUAUUGUAUACAGUGAAAGACAUUUUAAAUUUUCUCUUUUACCUCCCUUUAUUUACAUAGAUUUAAAUUGCUCCCUCUAAUUCUGAUGGCUUCAUGAUUUUCUUUGGGGAAACAAUUUUUUUUUCACAUCUGAGUGAUACUUGAUUGUGAUGAAUAAAGUGCAUGUUUCAACAUAUGUGCUUGUUUGUCCCUGCCUCUUGUAUUAAACAGAUGGUGAUUUUUUUCCAUUCUGUACGGGAAGAGCUCCACCAUGAAUUAAUGUUUUAUUUAUAUGUGAGCCCACGAAACCUUUCUACUAAUAGAUUGUGAGCCCUUUUCCUCUAUUUAAGUAAUAUGUCACCUUGUUUGCUGGUUAUUGAACAUUGUAAAACAUUUGUUACAUUGAACAGUUAACAGUUUUUGCCAAAUGAAAGAUGAAUUCGGAUGUGACAAAAUUUUUUCUACAAUUUUUCCCUUUUAUUAACUCUUGUUAACUUAAAAAUAUUAGCGUUCAUUACAUUUAUAUUUUAAUUGUAUCCAAUGCCCUAUUUCUCUCCAUUAUGCCAUGUUAGAAAUUUUGCAUAUCUGUGUGACAGGUGACAAUCUUUUGUCCUUGAGCUGUAACAAAAUAUAUCUUUCUUGGUCUAAUUUAAUUGUCCUUAGACAUUCUCUAAUAAAAACUAAUAUUUUUAUUAACAGUU